CAGGACAUUACACCCGAGCGUGUCCUGGAGCUGCUCCCGCACGGGCAGGUUAUCAGCAGCCACAGUACGAAGGUUGUCCAGAUACCGCACGAUCUCGUGGUCAAGUAUGGUCAUUUCGUCAAAGCCGCCGAGGCUCAGAGUAUCAUGCUCGUCUCCGAGAACACCAGCAUCCCAGUGCCCUCGGUACUCCUCGUAUUCAAGAAGGAGCAUGACACCUACAUUGUAAUGCGACUAAUUCGCGGUAGGACGUUGCAAGACUGCUGGGAAGAACUGUCUAAUCCCCUCAGAGAAGAAGUUUUGGACCAGUUUACGGAAUAUGUGACCGAGUUGAGAUUCCUCUCGUCUGAAGGACACACUCCCGGGCCACUUGACGGCGGAAAGUGCGAGGGGCAGUGGUGGACGCAGUACGGCGCUGGCCCAUUCAAGACCUACCAAGACCUGCUUUCAUGGCUGAACCGAAAGCUUUCGCAGUCCUCUCGCACACAUCCUCUGUUCAGCGACGAAUAUCCCCUCGUCUUCACCCACCAGGACCUCUGCCCGAUGAAUCUUAUCUUGGAUGAUUCUAACAAGCUGUGGGUAAUGGACUGGGGGAUGGCUGGCUGGUAUCCGGCGUACUUCGAGUACGCGUGCGUCAAGUCACCAGAGGCAUACAUGGCCACUCGAACAGGCUGGAUAUCUGCAGCUCUUCCACGCCUUCCCAACUACGAGGCUGAGGCCAGCAAAUUGGAGAUCAUGCGAUUCGCGCUUACGUUCCUGCCAUUUUGUUGA